AUGCUUGUCAAAUACCCCGUUCACUUCGUCGCUGCUACGAGAGAUCAGAAUAAGACCGAACCAGAGUUCGAAGUCACGAUCGAUGUUGAUUCUGAUCAAAAGCUCGAAAAGGCUUUCGAUACAGUAGUUAAGAAGUUGCACCCAGAGGACUCGGAGAAACACAAGUACACUUUCCUCCUCCAAUCCCCUAACUUCCCUCCUAUCGUCAUCAACGGUGCAUCCAAACCUUCCGACUUCCCUAACUUCUCUAGAGACUGGAAGGUUAUCGUCAUUUCAGCCAAAGCCAAAGCAGCCCAUUAA